AAACUUAAAUUGGGAGUAUAAAUACUAAUUAAUUUGGUUGUUGCGGAGAUAGAUGUCAAAUUACUUAAUAUAUCAGCGGUAGAAACGUACACACAACUAUGCAUUUAAGAAUAACUUUGACAUUCAACAUUAUUCCACUUGUGAAUUCAUUGUGUUCUUGAUCAACUAUUUAUCCCCUUUUUUAAUUAUUUUUUUGAUAAAAUGGAGUGAACCGACUAAAAGUUAAAGGCGAAUUCAGAAUUUAGAGUUAGUGGAUUUUGGAUGUAUGAUAACUAUAUACCUGAAUUAUUUUUUUUCAUAUAUUAUAUACAUAGUUCGAGCAAAAACACCGCUAACUUUGUAUGAUAGAAGAGCAUCAGGUAUGAAAUUAUGGAAGAAAGCAAUGUAUUUUGCUUAUAGAAAACAGAUAUCAAAGAAAUGGAUAGAUGAAUUCAAAAAAGUAUGGCACAUAGCAGGACCAGCAAUUAUAAGUUCAGUUUCUGUAUUCUCUUUGGACUGUGUAACUGCUGCCUUUGCUGGUCAACUUGGAAAACUUGAGCUUGCUGCAGUCUCUGAAGUUCAAAAUGUUCUACUAUGCUUUGUAAUUGGAAUAAUGUUAGGAUUAGGAAGUGCACUGGAGACGCUUUGUGGUCAAGCAGUUGGUGCAGGGGAAUACAACAUGCUUGGAAUUUACUUACAAAGAUCAUGGAUUAUAAGUAUAGUGGCAGCAUUGUUAUUGACACCGACUUAUGUCUUCGCGUCUAAAAUAAUGAAGCUCCUACAUCAAGAUCCAGAUAUAUCUGAUCUAUCUGGUAAAUUUGCAAUUUGGAUAAUUCCUCAAAUAUUUGCAAGUGCAUUGCACUAUCCUACAGAGAAGUUUCUUCAAGCUCAGAGCAAAGUUUGGUUUAUGGCUUUUAGUUCAACGUUGACAUUGGCUAUUCAUGUGUUGUUGAAUUGGAUUUUUGUGACAAAGUUGAGUAUGGGACUUGUUGGUGCUGCAGUAGUUGGGAAUAUAUCUUAUUGGAUUUUGGUUGUGGCUAAGAUUAUUUAUAUUGUUUGUGGUUGGUUUCCUGAGGCAUGGACUGGUUUUUCAUUUUUGGCUUUUAAGUCAUUAGCCAAAUUCUUGAAGCUCUCAGUUUCCUCAGCUAUAAUGUUAUGUUUUGAGGUAUGGUACUUCACAGCAGUGAUCUUAGUUGUAGGAGGCUUGAAGGAUGCUGAAGUUGCUGUUGACUCACUAUCAAUCUGCAUUAAUUUGCAAGUAUGGGCAAUUAUGUUUAUCAUAGGUUUCACUAUAUCAGCCAGUGUGAGAGUUUCAAAUGAACUAGGGGCAGGAAAUCCAAAAGGUGCAAAAUUCACAAUUGGAGUCAAUGUGUUGAUGGCAGCAAUAUUUGGAGCUCUUUUUUCAGUUAUCAUAUUGACCACAAGAACACAGUUUCCAAGAAUGUUCUCAAAUGAGCCAAAGGUUAUAAGUGAGACAUCCAAGUUGGGUUGUAUUCUUGCAUUAACCACCUUCAUUACCAGCGUCCAAACUGUUCUCCAUGGGGUAGCAAUUGGUGCAGGAUGGCAAUUUCUAGUGGCGUUUGUAAACUUUGGAUGUUAUUAUGGUUUUGGUUUGCCAUUAGGAGCACUUUUUGGGUACAAGUUUAAACUUGGUGUACAAGGGGUAUGGUAUGCAAUGCUUGGUGGCAGCUUGCUUCAAACAAUCAUCCUACUUGUUAUUAUUGGUCGAACCAAUUGGCAGAAAGAGGCAGUUCAAGCGGAGAUAAGAGUAAAGACAUGGGGUGCACCAACAGAGACUCAGCAACAGUCGUGAUGACGUCGCAUAUAUAUAGUUUUUUUUAAACAAAAAAUAAGAUAUAAAACCAUUAAUACUAGUAAUCUUCUCAUUCUAGGAAAAGCAUAUUACUGUAUCGGACUCACUGGCAAAUUGACAUUGAUUCUGGCAAGGUUUGAGAGCUGGACAGCGGCAUAUUUAUAAUAAUAUUAUAAAAACUGAGUUGUACAUCUACAAGAA